UUGUGAUUGGUUGGUGGACAAAUUUGUAGAGUACUAAAGGUCACCAGUUUUUAGACACCAAGUUACAACAAUGGCUGCCUUUAGGGUUCUCCUGGUUCUGCUGUGGCUUGGUGUCGUGACAAGCUCGAAAGUUGCUCCACAACCGAGACUCAUCGGGGGUCGACCAUGCAGACAGGAUGAGCGCCUGUAUCAUGUUUGCUUGGUGAUAAAAGAAGGUGAGGAUACAACUAUCUGUGGAGGCUCUCUGCUGCGUAACGGCUGGAUCCUGACUUCAUAUCACUGCUGGGCAAGUGGACGGACCAUUGAUGCACAUUUGGGAUGUGUCUUGGGUUACGAUGUAUCAAUACGCAUACCACUGGGUAUCUUUAAAAAACCUAAAAUAUAUGAAGACGGACCCUUGUUCAGAAGACGGCAACACGACUUGAUGCUGUUGAAGCUGCCUGACAGGACAACGAUUCCACAUGGAGUGACGGCUAUUGAACUUCCUGACUGCUCAGACCAGACUCUCAUGGACCAUCCGAUGCAGAUUGCAGGUCACGGUUCGACUUAUGGAAGCGUUUUUACCAACAGACAACCCAACGUUACACCACUUCUUCAGUGUGGGAAUAUUAAUAAGGUUGACUGUACUCCGCUCAGACAAAAAAUGGUUCCCGAGAACGCGUACAGUUACCAAUAUUGGUUCUGUGGCCAAACUCCAGGAGUGGAUCUUUGCUUGGGCGACUCCGGUGGAGGAGUUGAGUACAAAGGCAAGAUUUAUGGUGUCAAUGCUUUCACCGGAGAUCUGGAACAUCCAUGCAGGGAACCAGCAGCAUUCAUGGACCUCUGCCAUCAAGACCACCUGAGCUGGAUUGAAAAAACUAUUGGAUCACCUCCCAACCCAGGAUAUGAUGUCUAAGUUGUUCACUUUGUCGUUGUACACGUGAAUAUUAAACCUUAUCCUGG